UAGCUGCACACGUUGGAUCGACAAUGCUCUCCUCUGUGGCUGUUUCCCCCCGCAUUGGCUACAGGAAGCUUAGUCCCUGGUUGCUAGGGCAACCGAGGAGGAUGGCCCUCAGCAGGAGGUGGGGAGGCCUCGGGCUGCCUCUCAGCUUGUCCCUGAGCGGCGUGUCUGUUGACCUGCUGCUGGCAGGGAGGAGGAGGAGGAGGAGGAGCCAGCUCUGCAGAGGAGCUUCUCCCCGUGCGGCGUGGGUCCUGCAUCCCCUCUGCCCCACCACUAGACAGAGCUCCAGCAUCAGAGCGAAAGCUCCUCUCUUCCUCUGCUCCAGCAGUAACGGGAGCACUGCAGCCAAGAUGUCAUCCUCUUCCUCCACCUCCAACGGACAAGGGAUGCUCAAGCCUAAAUCCCCGUUUCGUAAGAGGGGGAGUCUUCAGAGCACCACCAGCCCUGAUCUGUGUGGAAUAUCUGGGCCCAAGCCUCUCAAGCCUCAGCGUUCCCUGCCAGGGACGCCCGUUUCUGUCCAGCACCAUCCAGCCGACCUGCGAGCAUCCAUGGAGGAGAAGUACAAAGAGAUUGCAGAGGAGCUGUUCACUCGCAGCAUGACUGAGAGUGAGAUGAGGAGCGCUCCCUACGAGUUCCCCGAGGACAGUCCCAUCGAACAGCUGGAGGAGCGGCGCCACCGUCUGGAGAGGCAAAUCAGCCAGGACAUUAAGCUUGAACCCGAGAUCUUGGUCCGUGCCAAACAGGACUUCAUGAAAAUCGACAGCACGGCAGACCUAGAGUUAAUGAAGGACAUGUGUUUGGAUACUGUCGAUGAUGGCUUCAGGGAGAGAGCGUUGCCACUGGAGCGAGAGUACCAGCGGGUCUCCAUAUCCGGCGAGGAGAAGUGUGGGGUUCCCUUCACUGACCUGUUAGACGCUGCCAAGUGUGUGGUGAAGGCGCUGUUCAUCCGGGAGAAGUACAUCAACCGAUCCAUGCAGAACUUCUGUAAGACCACGUCUCGUGCCCUGCAGGAGCUCGGGAUGAAGCCUCUGGAUCUGAGAGUCUACGACGAUAUACCGGAUACUCCUGUAGAUGCAGAUGCCCCAGUCCAUCCACCUGUUUCUGAGACUCACCCCUACGACAAUCAGGACCCCUCCAACAUGCCGGCAGACACGGGAUACGGAUGCCAGAUGGUGAACGGCUUGGUCCAUGUCUACACCAACAAUAACAAUAUGGACAAGGGCGCAGAACUGGACUUGCCAUAUCCGGACCUGAAGGAGUACAUCGCAGACAUGAAUGUUAUGAUGGCGCUCAUUAUUAACGGGCCUGUGAAGUCUUUCUGCUACCGCCGCCUUCAGUACCUGAGCUCCAAGUUCCAGAUGCACAUCCUUCUGAACGAGAUGAAGGAGCUGGCAGCUCAGAAGAAGGUUCCUCACAGAGACUUCUACAAUAUACGAAAGGUGGACACACACAUACAUGCAUCGUCCUCCAUGAACCAGAAGCACCUGCUGAGAUUCAUCAAGAAAGCCAUGAAGAAAUACCCCGAGGAGAUUGUUCACAUCGAGCACGGCCGCGGUCAGACCCUCAAGGACGUGUUUGAGACGAUGAACCUGACGGCCUUCGACCUGAGCGUCGACACUCUCGACGUGCACGCGGACCGCAACACGUUCCAUCGCUUUGACAAGUUCAACGCCAAAUACAACCCCAUCGGCGAAUCCAUCAUCAGAGAGAUUUUCAUCAAGACCAACAACCACAUUGAAGGAAAAUACUUUGCACAAAUAAUCAAGGAAGUCAUGUUUGACUUGGAAGAGAGCAAGUACCAGAACUCAGAACUACGCCUGUCCAUCUACGGUCGCUCCAGGGACGAGUGGGACAAGUUGGCUCAGUGGGCCGUCAAACACCGGGUCUACUCCAACAACGUGCGCUGGCUUAUCCAGGUGCCACGUCUGUUUGACGUGUACCACACAAAGAAGCAUCUGGCCAAUUUCCAGGAGAUGUUGGAGAACAUCUUCUUGCCUCUGUUCGAAGCCACGAUCAACCCACGUAGUCAUCCCGAGCUGCAUCUCUUCCUGGAACAUGUGUCCGGCUUUGACAGCGUCGACGACGAGUCCAAACCUGAGCACCACAUUUUUAACCUGGACAGUCCACUGCCAGACAAAUGGACAGAAGAGGACAACCCGCCCUACUCCUACUACCUCUACUAUACCUACGCCAACAUGACUGUGCUUAACCACCUGCGCAGGCGCCGAGGCUUGAACACAUUUGUCCUGCGACCUCACUGUGGGGAGGCGGGGCCUAUCCACCACCUGGUGUCAGGGUUCAUGCUGUCGGAGAACAUCUCCCAUGGGCUGCUGCUCAGAAAGGCCCCAGUGCUGCAGUAUCUUUACUACCUGGCUCAAAUCGGCAUCGCCAUGUCUCCGCUGAGUAAUAACAGCCUGUUCCUCAGUUACCAUCGUAACCCACUGCCAGAGUACCUGUCCAGAGGCCUCAUGGUGUCCCUGUCCACUGACGACCCACUUCAGUUCCACUUCACUAAGGAGCCUCUGAUGGAGGAGUACAGCAUCGCUACUCAGGUGUGGAAACUGAGUUCCUGUGACAUGUGCGAGCUGGCGAGGAACAGUGUCCUCAUGAGUGGAUUUUCACACAAGGUUAAAAGUUAUUGGCUGGGCCCGAGCUAUUCCAAGGAGGGUCCCGAAAGCAACGACAUCCGCCGCACCAACGUCCCCGAUAUCCGCGUGGCGUACCGCAGCGAGACGCUGUCGGAGGAGCUCAAUCUCAUCACGCACGCCGUUCGCACGGAAGAGCUGGACGGCAUCGACGAGGACGACUCCCUGUCCAUGGCUCCUCUGCUGGGGAAGCGCUGAGACGGAAACCCUGCGGUCCGCGGGACACGGGAGGGACGAGGUGUGAGAGUAAUUCUGCUGUUUUCUAAACAACAACAACAACUACAAUCACGAUAGAGGAACCCCACACUCUGACAGCCAACACAUCAAUAACACCAAGGAUUCAGUGCUGCUAGAGCAUUUGAGCCUCAUCACUCGUCCACUUCUUGUGUCUGAAUCCUUAUUACUUUGCACUAAAGGAUUGUUAAUCCACAUUAUUCUGUCAUUUUCUGACUCUUCAGUCUCAGUCAGCAUGAGGAAGUUUAGAAGGAAUGACCAGCACCACAUGUUUUCUGUGAAUCAAUGAACAGUGAAACACUAGCGGCAUCAAGAAAUGAUGUUUAUGGGACAAAUUACCUGUAGAUUGUGAACAUUUAGGAGUGUUUAUAGGCAGGAAUUAAAUAUACUACACAUAAGUAGUUGUUUGGUUUUCUCAUUUGUCUCAGAAAAAGCCUUUUAUAUGUACUUUAGAGGAAACUGUGCUUUUACAAAGUCCAUUACUUUGGGUUAGGGUUGUGCAGAAGAUGACUCCGCCCACAGUUACUCAGCGAAGGCGGGGCUAGGCUAGAGCACUUUCUAUCACCCAAAGGCAGAUUCUACAAUAACAACACAAAGAAAGAACUGUUAGAAACCAAUACAAAGAUAAAAAUUACAAUGAAUGAAAAAUUAUAAAAAGAUGAAGUGUUCAAAGAAUACAAAGAUCAAUGUCUUAAAAAGGUAAAAUAAAUAUGAAGAAAAUAGGAUUAGCUUUAGAAAAUCAGUAGAUUGAAAAUAGAGGGAUGUAUGACAAUAUACAGACAGAAUAAAUACAAGAAAUAUAAGAAAAAAAACAAGUUAAACCUUAGGACCUUAGAUUGUUAGAAGUGUUUAUUUUAAAGCACUUUCAAAAAAGACCAAUGAAGAAGAAGAAGAUACUUUGAGAUAUUUGUAUCUAUGGUAACGCGGCGCGUUCGUUGGUGACGACGUCCUCUCUGGUCUGUGAAGGCCACCGUAGUUCCCUGAAGCCGUUAGCUGCAGUCUGUGGUCUCACCGUUACACGUCACUGUUUCCAACAUGCUGGACCUUUGAGUUACUGUGGAUGGGAAACACUUACACAACACAUGUGUCGGAAUUUUGAAGGGAAGAAAAAAUAAAUAAAACAGCAUGAAUUCUGAGGUCUGAUAGAAAGUCUUAUUAAUUAAAGUAAAAAUUCUGAGAUUAAAGUUUUCUCAGAAUUCAUGCUGUGUUCUUUCUUUCUUUUUUCUUUCUUUUUUUUGUUUUACAAUACUCUAAUACCCUGAUGAUAUUCAUAGAAACACUGACCAACAUUUUACAGGUAGUGUAAACUUUGAUGAAAUCAGCUGCAGGUUCCAGAACUCGAUGUGGUUUCAGAUCAUUUUAUUUCCCACACAGAAUAAUAUGAAUCAGAAAUGGACUCCACAGUACAGAGCUGCUGCAUUAGCUCCAGUUAAUGUGUACAAUCCUUUUAUUUUGAUAUUUCUGUGAGAGACGUAAAGAGCGAGAGAGAGAGAUUAUAGUUUUUAACCUUCGCACAAGAAAGUGUGGCCAUGACGUGGGUCCUGGAUCGCUGUCGUUCUCCUUCUCCAGUGAAUGAGUUUGUUCCUUGUUGCAUGCAGUGCACUGAAACAUAUGCACCACGACUCCACAGUGCCUUUUCUUUUUGUUUUUAGCUCUGUUUCUCCAGGCGUGUAAAAGUUCUGCUCUCUGUCGUUCAGACGCUUUUCCCCUCAGUCGUAAACUGUGUGUGAUGGAACCUUGAACCUUAAUGAGGAGGAUUCGUGUCUCAGUUCUCAGAUUACAAGUGCGCAAAGGUAAUUGCAUGCCUGCAUGAGUAAUGGCCGACAGAAGAAAGAGAGAGUGACUUUACAGCGAGCUGUAAUGUGAAGCUUCUUAACUAAUUUAGGGACCGGCUUCAGAGAUGUGUUUUAUAGUUUUAGAUGACAGCAAAACUAAAAAAAAAAAAAGGUAAAACUUAGCCUUGAUAAUAAAAAUAUCCUCAAAGUAAGUCGAAAUAUUAUUUCAUAUAUAUAUAUAAUAUAAUAUGAUGAGAUAAAAAGUAAUAAUUAUGAGAUUAAAAAUUGAAAUUAUGAGAUAAAAAGUUGAAAUUAUGAGACAUAAAGUCACAAAUAUGAGAUGAAAAGUCAAAUUUAUGAGAUAAAAAUAAUUGUAUAAGGAUAAUUUCAUUAUCAAGGCGAGUUUUACCUCUUUUGUUUUUUUGUCACCCCUGCCCUUAAAUCACUUACUCACUACAAACUAUCGUCACUCUUCCACUGUCGCCACUACUGACGACACUUGUCUCACCUCCCAUCAAACUGUGAACAUUCACCGUCAGGUAACAAUGACAGCGAAGCGCCAGAGAGAAAAAUGAAUCAGAAAAAUGGAGAGACGAUCAGAGUUCAGCAUCAGCACAGCAGUGGGAGACAUUAAAGGGAACACGAUGGCAUACGUGUGAUUGUUUGGGUUUCACGUGUAUAAAGUGUAUUUUUUUAAAGGUGACGUAGAGAUAACAAACAUUUUUAUAUUCACUCCGUAUUAAACUGACUUAGUUCUGUCGCUGUUGAAACGCGUUUGUAUUGAUGGUAGAGUUUAGCUCUGUUUCUCCAGGCGUGUAAAAGUUCUGCUCUCUGUCGUUCAGACGCUUUUCCCCUCAGUCGUAAACUGUGUGUGAUGGAACCUUGAACCUUAAUGAGGAGGAUUCGUGUCUCAGUUCUCAGAUUACAAGUGCGCAAAGGUAAUUGCAUGCCUGCAUGAGUAAUGGCCGACAGAAGAUAGAGAGAGUGACUUUACAGCGAGCUGUAAUGUGAAGCUUCUUAACUAGUUUAGGGACCGGCUUCAGAGAUGUGUUUUAUAGUUUUAGAUGACAGCAAAACUAAAAAAAAAAAAAGGUAAAACUUAGCCUUGAUAAUAAAAAUAUCCUCAAAGUAAGUCGAAAUAUUAUUUCAUAUAUAUAUAUAAUAUAAUAUGAUGAGAUAAAAAGUAAUAAUUAUGAGAUUAAAAAUUGAAAUUAUGAGAUAAAAAGUUGAAAUUAUGAGACAUAAAGUCACAAAUAUGAGAUGAAAAGUCAAAUUUAUGAGAUAAAAAUAAUUGUAUAAGGAUAAUUUCAUUAUCAAGGCGAGUUUUACCUCUUUUGUUUUUUUGUCACCCCUGCCCUUAAAUCACUUACUCACUACAAACUAUCGUCACUCUUCCACUGUCGCCACUACUGACGACACUUGUCUCACCUCCCAUCAAACUGUGAACAUUCACCGUCAGGUAACAAUGACAGCGAAGCGCCAGAGAGAAAAAUGAAUCAGAAAAAUGGAGAGACGAUCAGAGUUCAGCAUCAGCACAGCAGUGGGAGACAUUAAAGGGAACACGAUGGCAUACGUGUGAUUGUUUGGGUUUCACGUGUAUAAAGUGUAUUUUUUUAAAGGUGACGUAGAGAUAACAAACAUUUUUAUAUUCACUCCGUAUUAAACUGACUUAGUUCUGUCGCUGUUGAAACGCGUUUGUAUUGAUGGUAGAGUUUACCUGCGACAUUCAUGAAGGACGUUAUGUGUCUUUAACACCUCUUUACUCUACAUAUACUGUCCUCUUUUAUUUCUGGUCGUCGAUGAGCGGCAGUGAUUUAUGCUGAAGAAGCACAAAAACAUACGGUUUCAUUUUGUUAUGGGCUCGUUCGUACACGUACACGUACAUGUACACGUACACGUUUUUGACGUCAGUUAGAAGGACACUGAGGACGUUUAUGUGGACUUCAUGUUCUCACAGCGUGGUGCGCUCACUACAGCGUUGCCCUCGGCAACAGCGGGGCAGUAACUCUUGACUCCUGACUGAUUAUUUUCCUCCAUCAAGUGUCAAUUUUACUCCCUGUAGUGUACGUUUAACACAACGCCAACAAACCUCAAACCCCCAAACCCAAAAUAUCUAAGGAUAAAACCAUGAAACCAAACUAAAAUGUUUGAGAAGCUUGAACCUGAGUGAGUUUUUGAGUCUCAAUUUUGUUCAAUACAAACAAACCACACUUAUUAUUAUUGAGACAAACUGUACGUCACUAGUAUUCCGACACGCACUCAAAUCAUAUUUGUGUUUAUUUGAUUCCUUAAGUGUCUUUGUUGUUGUUUUUUUUUACACAGUCUUUUCAAGUUUAGAUUUAAAACUAAUGUGGUGGAUAUUGAAACUGUAGCCACUUCUAUUGCCUGAAUGUCACAGAUUCCAUUUGCUUCUGAUAAGAUUCACGUGUAACGUCUGAGCAAUGAAAUAAAGCAUGUCGAUUCACUGA